GGUUUACCGAAUCUCAAGACUUUUUAAUUAGUAUAAAGUUAAAAUUUUGCUUCCUGUAUUAUUUUUUAUGUUUAAUUAUAGUGUUUUUUUUUAAUUUCACUAUCUUAAUUCGGUUUAUUCUGUGAAAUAUAGUUUUUUUAGCGAUAUUCGCCAAGCAUAGGAUAGGAAAUAUUGUGAACUUUGUAAAAUAAAAAUGGUAAUGUGCUUUGCCCCGGAUUGUAAACACUAUAGUGAAAGAGGUACAUGUAGAUUCCUUACGUUUCCAAAGGAUCCGGCUGAAAAGAAGAGGUGGAUUUCAUUAGUAAGACGGAAAGACAGGGAGCCAUCUGUCUAUUCUUUGCUUUGCUCUUGCCACUUUGUCAAUUCUGACCGAAAAAAUGGCCCAACAAUUUUUGAGCAUAAUAAAUCAAAACGGUUUCUUGAGGUACAAUCAACCAUUACAUCUAAAAGAAAAAGAGCAAAAAAUCAAGUUCAAAAUGUGGAGACAGAUACAAUUAGUACUUUCCAGGACCCAGUACUUCUCAUGGAAAUUCAACCCUUUCAUAUAAAGGAAAAAAAGCAAAGAAAGCCAGCCGCUUUACAGAACGUAAAUGACGUAGAUUGGAUUCCAAGCGUAAACAUGGGUUACCAAAGCCACUCAAUAAAAAGAAAAGGAGAUCUAAAACUGAAGGAAAGAGUGUUUAGAGGAAAUAAAUGUAAACAAUUAGAUAUUGCCAAGAGUUCUCUGGACGAUUCUUCAAAAUCGAAACUUAUAGAGGAUUUGCCUUUAAACCAACAACUUCAACAAACAAACCAACAACUUCAACAAACAAACCAACAACUUCAAGAGAACUCACAUAAACCAAGUUUAAAGAAUAAUCUUCCACAAGUAGGAAAAGGAAAACAUUAUAUUUUUUUGGUGGAAUCUGAGAAUACAACCGAUAUACCAAAAGAUGAAAUGUUGGAUAAUGAAAGGGAUUCGAUGAAUCAUGUAAUAGAAGAGCUAAAAAGAAAGUGCCGGACUUGUUUAAUCAGAAAAGGGACAACGGAUUUAUUUACUUCAAAGCAUGAUGGGAUCUUAUUCUGCGAUUUAUUGUCAAGUUUUUCUUUAGCUGAGGUUCAUCAGACAGAUGGUUUACCAAAAACUAUUUGUUCUCAUUGUGCAAAUUUUAUUAUAAAUGCAUAUACAUUCAAAAAGCAAGUUGAGCAAUCACUGAUUACUCUUAAGUCUGCAAUAUAUCAGUUAGGUAGUUUAAAAACCGAAGAACCUCGUAGUCCAAUUACUAAUCCUAACGUGUUUACCAAACGUAAACGAAUUAGUAAGGAAAGUGAAGCAAACCUUAAACGUUUUAACAGACAAAUAGAAAGAAUAGACAACAAUAAAUAUGGAAGUGAAAAUAAUAGUACUACCGAAGGUACAUUUGUUAAUGAAUACGAAUGUAUCAUUAAAACCGAAGAUUCUGAUACUCCACCAGAAAAGCUUCUAAUACGAACCUACGACGAAUCUGAUACUGAAAGUGAUGUUGAAAUACAAAGUGACGUCGUUGACGAAAUAAUUAAAAUAGAAAUGUAUAAUGACUCCGAUGAAAGUACUGAAAGUGAAACUGAACUUCAAAAUAAAAUGACAGCAGAAGAUGAAAGUACUGAAAGUGAAAAUGAACUUCAAAGUAAAAUGAGGACAGAAACAAUGAUAGAAACAUACCAAGAUAAAACUUGCCGCAAAUAUAUUAGAAAUUACAUGACAUCUUCACGUUUUAAAGAAGUAUCUAAUGAUAGGGUUAAAAAUAGUAUCGAUAAAAAACACAUUUUAAAACACUUCGAUAAAGAUCCUUUAGAAAUAGGUGAUGAGAGUAGCAAGGCUAUACAGUGAUGAGUGCGCUAAUGACCGGAAAAAUAACGUAAAAGACGAAAACCGUAUUAAGUUGGGAGAUAAAGAGAGAUGAAACUAGUCGAGGUAGAAAAUUUAACGAUAGAAACCUAUAAAUUUACAUUAUAUUGUUUCCCAUAUUUAGACGUAAAGGGUGAGUUUGACAACUACCACUGUGACAGUUACAGUUUCAGUUGACAUACUCGUCUGAUAUGUCUAAAGGUAGAAAACAAUCAUUAUCAUUAGGGCUUUUCAUUCUGGAUGGAAUGUUUGCCGCUCUUACUUAGAACUCUCCGAUUCGCUUAUUGCGGUGAAUCAUUCCGCAUUCCACUUGUGUGUUGUCAAAGUUUGUUGUAUAACUGUUCCCUCCAAUUUCUCAAUUCCAGAAUUUUGAUAUAUCUCAUGACCUGGUCCUCACAUCUCUCUCUGAGUCUUUCCCUUGGUCUUUCAGUUUCUGGUUUCCAUUUGGUGAUCUUAAUCAGUGGAUCGUUUUUCCUUCUCUCUAAGUGUCCCAGCCAUUUCAGCAUCUGCGCUUUAAUAAAUCUAACUAUAUCUUCUCCCUUCAUUAUGUCUCUUAGUUCAUGGUUCAUUCUUCUUCUCAUUUCUCCGUUGUCCAUUCUUAUUGGGCCCAUAAUCCGUCUGAGGAUUUUCUUCAUAUUUUUCCGUGAGGCACAUUGUCUCAGCUGCGUACGUAAGUACUGGUCUGAUUGCAACUCUGUAUAUUUUCAGUUUUGUAUUUCUGGAUAAGUUCUGGUCCAUCAUAAGUCUAUAUCUUUAGUAUGUUUUGUUGCCUGCUAGUAUUCGCUCCGUUACUUCUUCACUUUUCUUGUUUUGGCCAUUCACUAUUAAUUCCAAAUAUUUAAAUUGGUGGACUCUUUCAAAAGUGUAGUUCUCUAUUUUGAUUUCUCUCGUCCUGUUAUCUUAUCUUCUAGAGCAGAGUAGAUAUUAUUUUGUUUUUCCUUCGUUAACUUCUAGUCUUUUGCCAGGAUUGUUACUGCUUGUUUUAAUCUUUCUUGUCUCUUCCCAUAAGAACUAAAUCAUCCACAUUGCAACUAUUUGUGUUGAGGAAUUAGCUAUAGUUCCUUUAAUUUUGCUGGCCUUGCCUGUUCCUUCUACUGCUAUGUUGAAUAAUGUGGUUGACAGGGAAUCGCCUUGUCGCACUCCUGUUUCUAUUGCAAUUGAUUUUGUGCUACCUUCCUCUUUUGUUACUUUAGCUCGAGAUCCGUCCAUGAGAAAACAAUCAAUAUAAUGUAAAUUUAUAGGUUUCUAUCGCUAAAUUUUCCACCUUUGAUAGUUUCGUCUCUUUUUGUCUCGCAACUUAAUAUGUUUUCCAUCUUUUGAUUUAUUUUGCCGGUUAUUAGCGCGGUCGUCACUGUAUUUGAAGUUGAUUUUCGGGAAACUAAUACCUAGUGCAUCCUACCAAAGGCGUUUUAAGUAUCAUCAUUGAUUAUAGACACGGAUAGAUACCCAAAGCUGUACAACAAAACCGUGCCAAAUUUUCUCCCCUCAAAACAGUAUAGCCAUCUAUAUUUGAGAAUGAUGAUUACGCGGCAGUCGAAAGAAAUCCAACAUAAAAGGUUUCUUCAUUUUUCAGUGCCUCCCCUACAUUCUCAACGUAAAUACGGUUUCCCCACUCUAGAUAAGCUUGGAAGAUCUUCGAAUUCUUCGGGUCACCCGCGGGGUGCCGGCGGGUGUGCUGUGUUCGGGUCUGUUUAGUGUCCGCUAAAAGCAGCAGAUAGUUUUAGCAAAGAAUACUAACACCCACGUUUUAGCUUACCGUUGCCGUUACUAACCUCUUGUUCCGGUAUCUUAGUAAUUCCUCGUUGUUUUGAUAUUAUGUAUUCUUAAAAUAACACAUUUUACAGAACGUGUUUAAGAGUAGGUAUCACAAAUUCAAUGCCUAUAAUAAUUACCUACUAUAUUUCUUUAUUCUGGAAUUAAAUUUUAAUAAGCGUGUAAUAAAAAAAUUCCAUAACAUCUACUUUUUUCGAAAUGCAAAUUAACCCAAUAUAAUAUAAUAUCUAAAAAUUAUUACUUCACAAGAAGGCGAUUUUAAUACUAGUGGCGUGUUAUACAGUAGAUAACUAUGUAGUUUCUAUACUUUUUUUUAUUUAACAUCGCACAAAAUUGCAUAAUAAAUUAAGUAAAAUUAAAUAAAAUACGAAUUAUAAAUAUUGCCAAAUAGUAUAUUGUACAAGUGAGAAAAAAGAAAUAUUUCUCACGAGCGCACAAGUUUUUUGUUGUCACGACCCGAGGCACGUUCAAGCGAGGGAGAAAUAUGUCACUUUCUCAUGUGUUGUACACUGUACUUUUUCUAUGGAUGCGGUUUUGUCAAGAGUUUAAACUUCAAAAUUAAAUAAUUUAGGUGCUUUUAGGUAUUAUAUGCAUAAAUUGAAAUAAAAUACGUAUACAUGUAGGUAUUUAAUUUUCUUAAUAAACUGCUCGUCAAAAGUUAGGGAUAUAGAAAAUUCUGCUGAAUUUUUAUAGUAGAUUUUUUCGUGAAUAGAUUAACGGAUUCCGCUAAUUUUUUUUUAUUAUUUUAGACUUUUCUUUAGUAUUUACACAGUUAUGCAAAGGUUUACUCAAACUUUUUUUUUGUACUUAUACCGGGUGGAAGAAAAGAAAUGUUUUUCUUAUUUUAAAUUUGAGGCGCCCUGUAGGGAGGACGAGGUACAAAUGGGAGUAUAUAUCGAAAUCGUAUUGUAGUCUUAUGUUUUGUGAACAUUUUUUUUUAAUUUGGGUAACUCGACGAAAGAAUAACAACCAGCUAAUUUGAAUUUACCGGAAAAAUCGGAAAAUUCUGGAAAAUGGACUUUUUUAUUCAACAUUCAUUUACAAUGUUAACUGUACAUACUCCUACCUCGUAUAGAGGCUCAUAUGGGUAAUAACAAAUGACCAUUAAAAAGUGUCUGAUCCUAUUGUUUAUUAAUAUACAGGGCGAGUUUCACAUUUUGACAGAAAUUUGUAUUCGUCAUAAUUGUUGAACGGUCAAAUCGAUGUGUCUCUUAUUUUGGUCAAUCGUUACACUAUUACCACCUAAUCAACUGAUUUAUUCAAACUAGAAAAAAUCAGGUCCGGCUUCAAAAAAAUUAGUUCGUUUGGGUCUUAGAAAAAAUUUCACCCUGUAUAAGCUUUUUGAAAACUAUAAUAUGAAUUUUACAAAUUAAACAAAUAAGCAAUUAAAAUGACAUAUUUAUUUUUUCCCCACACGAUUACUUAAUUUUUUAUAAAAAAAUCAAAUUUGACUAUGAAUUAAAGCUCGGCACAAUUGAUUUAUUUCAAGAAAUUAUGGAUAAUGUGGAUGAAAUUAAUGAACCUGUACAAAAACUGUGUAGAAUUAACGAAGAUGAAUAAUUAUAAUCUAUACAAAAUUUUUGUUUAAUUUGAGAACGUUUUUGUUUAAUCUGUUUAAAUAUGCUGAAUAGUCUAUUAUGAAGAUCCAAGAAAAAAAUUGUCACCGAUUCUUAGAUUUGUAAAUAUUUAUUUUUUUCUAAAUCUUUACAUUUUUCUAAAAAUUGAAAUAAAUCAAAAUACCCUGUACUUAGGUAUAGUCUAGCUUCUUUUUUAAGAGCAAUUUAAAAAUUUCAUCAGGUGUAGGGUGUUCCAUAAAAAAAAUUAUCUUUGAUAUACCACUCUUUUUUGAAGCACCCUGUAUAAUUCACAUUAUUUUUAGAUUGCAGUGUUAAUGGCCCGGUAUAUUUCUAUGAUGAAUUUUUUUUAAAUCAAGUCGUUUUCCAUACAGACACCGAGGCGAAUAAAAUGAACCAACCUGUAUAUAAAUAUAUAUAUAUAUAUAUAUAUAUAUAUAUAUAUAUAUAUAUAUAUAUAUUUUUAGCAUCUUAUGACGUCCCCCCAUGUUAAACCGUAGUCUCUCGUGGCUUCCAGGUCUUCGUGAACUCCGAUAUACGGUUGCCACGAGGACUUUCCCUAAAAUGUAUCGCAAAUGAAAGGUACCACUUCCUACAAUGCUUACACAAAAUAUUGGCCGGACGUCCUCAGUCACGUUAUCUGUAUAAUAAUAUACACAUUACUUGGAGCAAUUGCCGUCAGGCGCGCCAUGUUCGCUUGCUGUAUAUCUAAAAUCACUUUAACGGUUUUGAUGGCAUCCAAAUAUAUAUUUAUUCAGUUUGCGGUUGUAGUGGUCUCCGUAUAUUUGAGUUUAUGUCCUCAUGGCUUCCACUGCGCUGUUGUCACCUCAAAUGUUGGAAUUUAGACUUCGGAUAUUUUUAUAAUUGAUUAUUGUAGUAUGUUGAAAAAAAUAUUGUUGUGAUAUAUUAAUGAUAUUUUUUUGUAUAAUUAACAAUGUAUUUUUUUUUCACUGCAAAAAUAAAAAAUUAAAAAGUAUGUUCAUUAAAAUUGAUGAAUUUAUCAUAACCAGUUGCCGAAUCUGCUGGUCUAAUUGCUCAAUUGUGACAUAUUAUAGAAGUGUUAAAAUUGAAUUCUUAAUUUUUUAUUACAAAACUUUUACCUCGACAGAGUAGGGUACAAGAGGUCGGCUUAAGUAAAGUAAGUACAAAAUUUUUAAUAAUAUAAUUUGUUCAACUAAUAGGUGCAAAGGUGUCUGGAAAAUAAUAAAAAUGUUUAAAACAUUGCUUACUUAUUUCAUACACUCAAUGUAUUUUUUAUGUAGGGAUAUAGAAAAUAAUAUUUUGAAAAAUAUUUAAAAUAUAGUAGUAAGUCUUAAAUUUCACAUUACAUAAAGUAGUUAAGUCUGCUAGUCUACAAAAUUAAAAACAAAUAGAAUACAUACUUAAAAAAAAUUAAAGCACUCAUGCCAUACCAAACGAACUACAUUCUUACAUAUUUUAAAAAGAAAAAUCUUUAAUUUUGCCCAACCCGACUAAACUAGCGGCAGGUAAAAAGUCUGCAGUAUGCGGGGGCCCUACUGUUGAAAUAGAUUAGAAAAUUAAAAUAAACUUAUCUACCAUUAUGAAAUUCUAAUUUGACACAAAAAACUGUAUCCUGGAUUAAGAACAAGUGUGUAGAAUACUCUCGUGAAUUAAGAAGCGUUUCUACUGUAGGGUGACCAUAUCAUAAAUUUGAAAAAAACGGGACACAUCCAAGCAGCAGUAGCGCACCUAUAAUUUUUCUCUGGGAGGAAGGGGGUUGGCUUGGGCGUCGAAAUUUUUUUCUAUAUUUUGUGAAAGACAAGUUACAUUUUCCUGCUAUUAUUUAUAUAUUUUUCAUAUGCCCUUAGGGAAAGGGGGUUUAACUCCCAAACCCCCCCCUGGGUGCGCUACUGCCAAGAAGGGUUUGGAGCGAUAAUACACAAACAGGGAUUGAAACACCGUCUUUUAGCUAAUUUGGAACCUAUAAAUCCUUUUCAAUUUUAAAUGUGUAAUUUACGUACGAUCAAGACUGCGAAACGCAGAAAACUAAAAAACUACGCUAGAAUGACGUGGAUAAACAACCAAUCCGUCAAAACAAAACAGGGAAGAAUAAAAAAUAGCGAGAAACACAGCAAACUCAACAAAUAAAAAGAAGAAAAAUGACGGGUUUCGCUGGAGGACAUUAAAAAAGACAGAAAACCAGCAAAUAUAACAAUUUUACAAAAAAGUCAGAUAAAAAAAUACGUCCAGCAUUAAAACAAGAGUACUAAAAAACAAAAAAAAAGAGAAACCCUGUUUGAAGACAAACAGAUCAGCAGAAUAUGAGAAGAAUAUUACGAAAAAAUGCUAUUCGGUAUGAAGGAAACAGAUGAAGAAGAACAAGGUAACAACGAAGUAGAAAUUUUCACAGAAGAAAACGUACAAAAACAAAUAUUAAAAACAUAGAAAACGGAAAAGCAGCAGAAGAAAAUUAAAUAACAGUGGAAAAAAUACAGAGGAAGAGAAUUACAUAAGGAAAUAAACCAGCUAAUACAACAAAACAUAUGAACAAAACAGACUACCAGCCGAUUGGAACGCAGAUAUUAUAGUAGGUACCUAUAUACAGUAAAACCCCACAAAUUCUAACUAAUUGGGGGGACAGCCUGUUCGGAUUCCGAAAAGGUCGGAUUAUCCGAAAGUUAGCCUAACUAAUAAUUGAAAGUUUACUUUGUCGUUGAUUUUGAGUCGCUGUGCCUGUCUCUCUCCCUCUUCCACCCAUCUCAGAUUGAUGUCACUGAUGCAGAGCCAGUGUCAUCAUUUGUGCUUAGUCGUUAACUCCAUGGCUUGAUUUCUAAUUUGAAUAAGCUCCAUUUUUCCCCGUUCCCCUAUACAAGAUGGAUCAGAAAACUAAGAAGAAAGUGUAAUUACAGAAUGGAUUGAAGCUGACGACAAAGGGAGCGAAGAAUUUACGGAUGAAUACAUUGUAGACUUGGUUCAACCUCAAGGCAACCCUAAUGACUAAUGAAGAUGAAGAAAGCGAGGAAGAAGUUUCCCUGUCAUAUUGAGUGUCACACGCAGAUGCCACUAAAGCUCUGGGUGUGGCUCUACGUUACGUGGAGCAUAACUCUGCUGCAUUACCAGUAGAUGUAAUGUUUAUGUGUAAAUAGAAUUAGAAUUAAACAAUGGUUUCGAAUUCACCUGUAUAAGUUGCAAGUUGGGAGGGUCAGGUAGUAAAAAAGUUACGAAUUGGCCGGUGUACAUUUUGAUUUGAAAAAGUUUGUCAUUAAGAGUUACGAGUUGGCGCGUGUCCAUUGGAAGAAGGAGAAUGUCACGGUUAAAGAAUUUAAGGGACUGGUUUAGAUGCAGUUCUAUAGAACUCUUUAGAGCAGAGGUGGAUAGAUUAAAGAUAGUGAUGAUGAUAUCCAACCUCCGAUUAGGAGACGGCACUUGAAGAAGAAGAUAUUAGAUUUUACUGAUUAUGCCGCCCCCUUGUGAUGCCGCCUGAUGCGGCUGCCUCACCGCAUCAUAGAACGGCACGGCCCUGAAAAUUAGUCUUUUCGUUUAAGUCGCUACAGGUAAAAAUAAGUUAUUAAAUAUCUUAUAUCAGAUAGAGUAUUCAUUUUUAGUAGAUGAACAAAGGUUUAAAAUGGCAGUUUUUGAAUUUUGGUACGAUUAUUUGUUGCUUCGGAAGUUGCAAAAAUAAACUUUUGCAAAAAUAAACUUAAGACUGAUAUUACAUGAAAAAUUGGGUCAAACAGUCCAUGUUCAGUCCAGAUAUAACAAAAAAUUUCAAGGUGAUUCGUCAAUUAGUUUACAUUUUAUUCAAUUUGUUUAAUAAAAAAUCCUUUUCUUUGCAAUGAUAAAGCAUGCUUUUCUUCAUAAAAUAAUAAUGAUACAGCAAUUUUGUGGAAACUACAUGAAAGAAGAAUACUUAUGUUUUCAAAGUUUUUAAAAAAAUAAUAAAAACUCAUUUUUAUCAUUCCGAAAAUAUUUUAGUAAAGUAGAGUCAUUUUUGGCUUAUAAACAAUUUGAAUAACUUUGUUAGUAUUGACUGCAAACUAAAUUAAUCGACUAAGGGAUGGAAAAAACCUACCGGUUAUAACCUAAACCCAGUUUUUUUAAUUCGAAACAACCGGUUUUACCGGUUGUUUUUUUUGUCCCGGUUAUAACCGGUUUUUUUCUUUUUAAAGUAAUAACCAUUGAAAAACCGAAUAAGUUGCCUGUGGAAAAAAAUUAAUUUAGAGAGAAAUGAAGAAAUUUCUAUAUAUUUUCGAUCUUAAUCAUAUAAUAUUAUAAAUAAUAAAUGCGAAGUAAUUAACCCAAACAACCAUAAUUCAACUUUUAUUUACUAAUAGAGAACUGGACGAAAGUGUCACAUCAGCUUUUAUGAAACAAUUUUGAGAAUAGUUAUUUAGAUUAAUAAAUGUUUCAAAGACUGGUGAAAUGGUGCAUGUGAUGAUAAUAUUUACAUAAAAGUAUGUGAUCUGCUUGAAAUCGAUAUUCCAACCAUCAUCAGCUAAAAAAUUGUUUAUACUUGAGUACUUGAGACUUAAGACUCUUGUAUAAUGUGAAUACCGAAAUACGAUUAGGAAUCUCCAUUAUGUAAUUUUUAAACAAUAAAUAAUUCUUACGAAAUAAAUGGUAGGUAUUAUACAAACGUAUUAAAAAAUAUUACCUACUGAAAUUUUUUGAUGGCAAUAGAGAAGUAAAUACUGAAUUGGUUUCGAACUUUGGUUAAAUAUCGAAUUGGUUAAAUAUCGAAUUUAUUUUGUAAAAUACCUAUAAGUCAUUUGUACAUUUUUUAAAACUUGAUAGAUCCAAGGGACAUUUUGAUAGAUCGAUAGGAUCAUCACUUUUGGGAAUAUCCCAAUUAUUGACAACGCAAUAUACGCCGACGCCGUCUACAACGAGCGACGAAUCAGAGAUUGGGGUACUCUGGCCCAUUUUUAGGGUAACUUGAAAGCGCCUGGGAAAAUUUUUAUAGGUUGAAUUGGUUGGGGAAUUUUUCGGGAGGAAAAUUGAGCAAACUAAAGUGCAAUAUAAAUGUAACAUUAUAACUUAUUGAGUAUUUGCUUUUGAUUAAAAAAAACCGAAAACCUGUUUUUGGAACAACCGAUUUUUUGACCGGUUAUAACCGCCAGGUUAAACCGUAAGUUAAAAAAACCGGUAUAACCAAAAACCGGUUUUUUGUUCAACAAGCGCCAUCCCUAGACUUUAGGAUUUAAAAAGCUGGUACUUUUACAUUAUUAUUAUAUUAUCGGUUUAUAACGUUCUUCGUCUUCCGAUACCCGUUCGCCAUUCCUCUCUGUCCGUACAUUGAUCUACUUGCAAACCUCGUUCAUCCAUGGCUAUGUUUAUUCCUGCCUGCCAACUUUUCCUCGGUCUACCUCAUCUUCUUCUAUCUUGCAGUUUCCAUUUUUGCCCUUGUUUUGGGAUUCUGUCUUCAUGCAUUCUUUAUACGUGACCAAACCAUCGUAGUUGUAUUUCGUUGGUUUCGUCAUUUAUUGUAUGUGUGACCUUCAUUAUUUCUCGUAUCCGUUCAUUGGUGACAUGUUCUCUUCUUGAUCUUCCCGCAGCCCUUCUCCAGAAAUCCAUUUCGGUGACCUCUAACAUUCGUUUUGAUUUUUCCUUCAUAUGCCAUACUUCGCAGCUGUAUGUUAUAAUGCUUUUCACUACGGCGUUAUAGAUCUUUUUCUUGUUUUGGUUGUUUACCUGCUUGUCCCAGAGUACUGAGUUUAGGAGCCUAAUUGCUUUCCUGCCCUGAGUGUUUCGUUCUUUAACGGCUCCGUCUAGUGUUCCAUCAUUCGUGAUUUUCAUAUUCAUACCUAGGUAUUUAUAUUCGUUACAUUUACUGAUUGUUUCUCCUCCUUCUAUAGUCGAGGAAAUGAAGCAUUUUGACUCGCAAUUUUUUCGUCCAGCAUGGAUUUACUUGAAAUUUUCACAGAAGGUAGGGAAUAGUCCAAGGAUCAUUUUCUAUAUCAAGCCGCUGUACACUAAAACCUUGGGGGUGGUUGCCACCCCAUCUCGGGGGCGGGAAUUUUUUAUUACAUUUUAACUAUGCAAAUCGAUGUAAAAAGUAAUUAUAAGAAAAAAAUGUUUUUUACAUUUUCUUCGUAAAACUAAUAUUUUUCGAGUUAUUCGCGCUUGAAAGUAACAGUUUUUCGAUGGAAAAAUCUACUUUUUUAGAGGGUUUUUUGCGAAUACCUUGAAAAAUAUGCAUUUAAUCAAAAAAACUGUAGAUACCAAAAUUGUAUAUUUUAGUAACACAAACCAAAUUAUUUUUCUGUAAUAUCGCUAAGACCAAUACAAACCGAGAUACGGCAUGUUAAAAGUUAACUUUUUUCGUCAAAUGCAUAAUUUUAAAUAUUCAAAGUAAAAUAACGGAAAAACUUUGCAUUUUUCGAGGAAAACUUACAUAAUCUUUUUUCAAGUAUCGAGUUAGGCCUUUCAAAAAAAAAAAAUAAUAAAAUAAUAAAAAGUUUCUAGUCUGAAAACUAAGCGACUUAUGAUCAAAAAAAGGUCGGUACCUGUUUUUUUCUAUGAAAAAAUCAGUGCAAACAACCCCCUAACUACCCUCCUGAUUAAAAAUUGGUCUUCACCUUUCUAUAGUUCCUUUUUAUAUUUGUAUUAUCAAUACACCCAAGAAGUUUGACCUAUUUAAAAGGCCUAAUUUUAGAAAAAUUGGAGUUUAAAUAAAAAUUAAUUUUUCACCAUUUCCCAUUUUUCACCUUUUACUUCAAAAUAUCUCCGAAAAUACUGGAGAUACGAAAAAAAUGAUGGAUUACUAAAUUGUAGCUUCUUUAAUAACUAAAAUUUCUUUGCGCAUAGAUUUUUCAUUACAGUGAACAGUUAGCGAGAUAUAGCUGUUUAAAACCUCUAUUUACGAGCAAACACCCCCUUAUUCAAGCCCUUUAAACCCACCCUAAUUAAAAACUGAGGGAUCUUGCAGAACUUAGUUUACACAGUCUUAUAACUCUUCAAAAAUCCUACAAAGUCAUUUUUGAAAAAACUUUUCACCGUCAAAAAUGAAGGAGCUAUGUUUAUAAAACAAAUUUUUUUUCGAAAAAUUCGGAUAGUCCGCUUAUGGAUAAUUUUCAAUGUAUAAUACCACAGAACCGGUUCGUAUACUGGAAGAUGACUAAAAAACUAUUUGUAUUUGUAUUUGUACAUAUUUGUAAAUUAGUAUUUUUGUGUAAAUAAAUGUUUUUGUAAUUCUUUAA